AUGGCAGCGGCCAUUCAGAAGGAGUUCCAGGAGAUGGAGCAGCUGCCUGGAGGAGCCCCGGCCCCUGAGAACCCUGAUCAGGCCUGUGGGCCUGCACUCCAGCAAAUGCUUCGAAUGCAGGGCGAGGUGCGAGCCGAGCUGCAGGCGCUGCUCAAGGCGGCCUUGAGCCAGCCGAGGCCCACACCGAGCAGCGACAACAAGGAAGGCUUUCUUGAGCUUCCCAACGAGGCGCCGUCAAAGGCCCGCUCCGCCUCCAGGCUCGGGUCGAAAGAGGUGAGCAGCCGCGCCGGAAGCAAGGCUGGUACCGGCGGCACGUCGAGCCGUGCUGGGAGUAAGGCUCUGGCCACUGGUACGGACAAGGGGACGGGCAUCGCGAGCCGUGUGGCAAGCAAGGCGGCCACCUUGGAUCCUGCGGUUGUCAGCCGAGCAGCCAGCAAGGCGUUAGGCAGCCCCGCCGACACAGGGCUGCUGGCAGCAACGGUGGGCACUGAGGACGGUGUUGCAAGCCGCGCUGCCAGCAAGGUGUCAGGCAGCCCUGCCGACACAGGGCUGCUGUCAGCAGCCGUGGGUGGGGAGGUCUUGGAGGUGCCGUCGAGCCUUCCGGCUUCUCGAGAUGCCAGCAAGGACGGUGUUACAAGCCGCGCUGCCAGCAAGGUGUCAGGCAGCCCUGCCGACACAGGGCUGCUGGCAGCAGCCGUGGGUGGGGAGGUCUUGGAGGUGCCGUCGAGCCUUCCGGCUUCUCGAGAUGCCAGCAAGGAGGGUGUUGCAAGCCGCGCUGCCAGCAAGGUGUCAGGCAGCCCUGCCGACACAGGGCUGCUGGCCGCAGCCGUGGGUGGGGAGGUGCCAUCGAGUGGAGACACACUCUCGAGCCUUCCAGCUUCGCGAGCUGCCAGCAAGGCCUCUGGAGUGGCUGGACAGGUUGCUUCCAUGGAGGCGAUUGCAGGGACAGAGCCUUCUCCAGCUGCUGUGCCGUGGGGAGAGCAGACCAUCAAAGAUAGCGCAACGGUUGCGGACUCUGCAAGCGUCUUCAUGACGCAGGAAUUGCCCGAUGAUGUCAUGAUCUUGCAGACGGAGGAGAUUAUUUCUGCUGCAGCCACCAGUUCCACCAUACCGACCGGCAUGGGAGAAGGUCGAGAGGCGAUCCAGGCGGACCCUGACCCAGAGGCUCCACCGGCGCCACCCGGCGCGCUUCAUGAGUCCGGUACCUCUACACUGGAGGAAGUCGGACGGUUGGGUGCUGAGAAUCGUGCUUUGCGUGCGGAGGUGGAGAGGCUACACCAGGCAUUGGGUCAGCUCUCAGCUCACGUGCGACAGCUGGAAUCCCGCUCCGGCGGGCGGCCCAAGUCAGGCUAUGGCUCUGCUGCCGUGAGUGCACUGAAGCUCCAGAUUCCUGAGCUCAAGGCUGGCAAGGUCCACCAACGACUUUACCUCGAAUUCUACGAUCGGCAGGAACGAAAGCGUGCGCUGCAGGAAAGCGUGCAGCAAGCGCGGGAGAACGAGGUGUUGGACAUCUUCAAAUCACAGCACCCCUGGCUAAAUGCGCUGUCAAAGCAGAGCGAGGUCUUCUCUUUCCUGUCAGCCUACACAGAAGGGCUCUCCAGCGAGGAGGAGAAGCUGAUUGAGGCCAGCGAGCUUUGGCGGACUCAUGCUGAGGUCGAGACAGCUUGGCGAGAGCAGCUUGAGAAGCGCUUCACCCGACCGUCGCCGCCACAGCGCCAGGUGCCAUCCCCCAGGUCUCCGGCCAGUCCGCAAGCGGACUCCCCGGUCGCAGUUCCAACGUCGACGCAUCUGGCUGCAAACUACUACCCUCUGAUCAUCAGUCGUUUGGCAGGAGAGACGACGCCUGCCGGCCCAUCGUCUGAGAGGCAGUCUCCUGUCUCGUCUUCUCGAACAGGCUUGAGCGGCAAGCUGCAGCGCCCGAAAUCCUCCGGGGCCCUCAGCAGCUCGUACGGCAGGACGGGCAGGAAACCGUUGCAAGCAAGUCAAGACACGGGAGCUCUAGACAACCGCAAGAUUCGAGAGGGCCUGCGUCUGCUGGCCUCGAAGCCAGGGGAGGCUGCUGCAGUUCGGAGCUCUUCCGCAUCUGCAUUGAUGAGGCGGCCAUCUGUGCGCUGCCUCCUGUGA